AUGGUGUUGAUUGAAUCAACUGAGUCUGAGGAACAGAUCCUCAUCAAAGACGAGCCAAAGCCAUCUUCUUCAUCCUCACAGCAACCGGAAACAAUGUCUGCGACGGAGACGAAACAAGUCGACGGAGUUGAUUCCGACGGAUUCGAGACUGCUAGCGAAAGAGAAAUUAGCGACGAAGAAGACGAUAGCAAAAACGACGCCGUUACGAGUCAGAAGGAACCACAACAGUCGGAUAAACCAGAGAAGAAGGAAGAGCAGAUUGAGCUAACGAGAGAAGGAGAGGCCAUUAUAGACGACGGAUCAAGCCAGGAGAAAGCUAUGGCAGAAGCAAAUGAGGCUAAAGUGGAAGGUAACAAAUUGUUCGUAAAUGGUCUUUACGAAGAGGCAUUGUCAAAGUAUGUGCUUGCUCUAGAGCUUGUUCAGGAGUUCUCCGAUUCCAUAGAGCUUCGAUCUAUAUGCCAUUUAAACAGAGGUGUAUGUUUCCUCAAAUUGGGUAAAUAUGAAGAAACGAUUAAGGAAUGCACUAAAGCAUUGGAGCUAAAUCCUACUUACACUAAGGCCUUGGUUCGAAGGGCAGAAGCACACGAGAAGCUUGAACAUUUUGAAGAAGCUUUCACCGACUUGAAGAAAAUCCUAGAACUUGAUCCUUCGAACGAUCAAGCUAGGAAAGGGAUUAGACGCCUUGAACCUCUUGCUGCUGAGAAGCGAGAAAAGAUGAAAGAAGAGGCUAUAACUAAGCUGAAGGAGAUGGGAAACUCGAUAUUGGGUCGAUUUGGGAUGAGCGUGGACAACUUCAAGGCUGUUAAGGAUCCCAACACUGGCUCCUACUCUUUUUCCUUAAACUAG